ACUCUGACUGGGCCGGCGGGCUCAGGUGGCACAAGGAGGCUGCCAUGGCGGCCCAGGCCCUGGCCGCUCAGGCGGUGGCCUCGCGCCUGCAGCGGCAGGAGGAGGACAUUCGCUGGCUGUGCGCGGAGGUGCAGCGCCUGAGGGACGAGCAGCUGCGCGGGCCGGAGCGGGGCCAAGCCGAGGGCCCGCGCCUGACGCGCGAGGUGGCACAGCUCCAGGCGGAGAACCGCGACCUGCACCAGCGCCUGUGUGACCUGCGGCUGCGCCUGGCGGAGCAGGGAGGCCCCGGGGCCCGGCGAGCGGCGGCGCACGAGCCUCCUACUCAAAACCAAGAGAAGGACACGAAGAGGAAGAGGUUGAAGGAUUCUGAGCCCAACAGGGAGGUGAAGCAACCGAAUUUUAUAAAAGAGAGAUUGCAGCUUUUUGAAACGUUGAAGACAGAUCAUCAGCUGUUACCUGCUACUCAGGAAAAGAAGAACACAAACAAUGUGAUUUCAGUGAGGGUGGCUGGUGGGAAGACUGUGCAAGGAGAAGAAUGGAAAACAACACCUUAUCAAGUGGCUGCUGGGAUUAGUAAAGAACUGGCUGAAAAUACAGUAAUUGCCAAGGUGAAUGGUGUUUUAUGGGACCUGGACCGCCCGUUGGAAGGGGACUCCACUGUAGAGCUUCUGAUGUUUGACAAUGAGGAAGCCCAGGCUGUGUACUGGCACUCCAGCGCUCACGUCCUGGGGGAGGCCAUGGAGCUGUACUAUGGAGGCCACCUGUGCUACGGCCCACCCAUUGAAAAUGGAUUCUAUUAUGAUAUGUUCAUUGGAGACAGAGUGGUGUCCAGCACGGAGCUGUCUGCCCUGGAGAACAUAUGUAAAACUAUCAUCAAAGAAAAGCAACCGUUUGAAAGACUGGAAGUCAGCAAGGACAGUCUCCUGGAAAUGUUUAAGUACAAUAAAUUUAAGUGCCGGAUUCUGAAGGAGAAAGUUGACACUCCGACAACCACUGUUUACAGGUGUGGUCCACUGAUUGACCUUUGUAAAGGCCCCCAUGUAAGACACACUGGAAAAAUUAAAGCCAUAAAAAUAUUCAAGAACUCCUCAACAUAUUGGGAAGGGAACCCUGAGAUGGAAACAUUGCAGAGGGUCUACGGCAUAUCCUUUCCUGACAGCAAAAUGAUGAGAGACUGGGAAAAAUUCCAAGAGGAGGCCAGGAGCCGGGACCACAGGAAAAUCGGGAAGGAACAAGAGCUUUUCUUCUUCCAUGAUCUGAGCCCAGGAAGCUGUUUUUUCCUCCCAAGAGGAGCGUUCAUUUACAAUACACUUAUGGAUUUCAUACGAGAGGAAUAUCACAAACGUAACUUCACAGAAGUGCUCUCUCCUAACAUGUACAACAGUAAGCUCUGGGAAACUUCAGGCCAUUGGCAGCAUUACAGUAACAACAUGUUCACCUUUGACAUUGAAAAGGACACUUUCGCCCUCAAACCCAUGAACUGUCCAGGGCACUGUUUAAUGUUUGCACACCGCCCACGAUCCUGGAGGGAAAUGCCUGUUAGAUUUGCCGACUUUGGCGUUCUUCACAGAAACGAACUGUCGGGGACUUUAACCGGCUUAACCCGAGUGAGGCGCUUCCAGCAGGAUGACGCCCACAUCUUCUGCAUGGUGGAGCAGAUUGAAGAAGAAAUAAAGGGGUGCUUGCACUUUUUACAGUCUGUUUACUCAACAUUCGGCUUCUCCUUUCAAUUAAACCUGUCGACAAGGCCUGAGCACUUCCUAGGAGAGACUGAGAUAUGGGACGAAGCUGAAAGGCAACUGCAGAAUAGCUUGACGGGAUUUGGAAAACCUUGGAAAAUAAACCCAGGAGAUGGAGCAUUCUAUGGCCCUAAAAUUGAUAUAAAAAUUAAGGAUGCUAUCGGCAGAUACCAUCAGUGUGCGACAAUCCAGCUGGACUUCCAACUGCCUAUUAGGUUUAACCUCACAUAUGUUAGUAAGGAUGGGGAUGACAAGAACAGGCCUGUGAUCAUUCACCGAGCCAUCCUGGGAUCUGUGGAAAGGAUGAUAGCCAUUCUCUCAGAGAACUACGGGGGGAAAUGGCCUCUCUGGCUGUCUCCUCGCCAGGUAAUGAUCAUCCCUGUAGGCCCAGCUUGUGAAAACUACGCUCUACAGGUGUCAAAGGAAUGCUUCGAAGAAGGCUUCAUGGCCGACGUGGACUUAGAUGACAGUUGUACACUAAAUAAGAAAAUACGGAAUGCACAGCUGGCUCAGUAUAAUUUUAUUUUGGUGGUUGGUGAAAAGGAAAAGCUAAACAAUUCAGUAAAUGUGCGAACAAGAGACAACAAAAUUCAUGGAGAAAUAUCAAUAACUUCAGUCAUUGAAAAAUUGAAGAACCUCAAAAAAUCACGUACGCUAAAUGCCGAGGAAGAAUUCUGAAGUCUUCCCCUUGUGCUUCUCUAUAACUUUGUUUUGACCUCUGAAAAUGCACUUUCCCUGUCACUUAAGAUACUAGUUCUUUUAAGAACCCUAGGGCCACUUGUAGGGCUCCAAUGAGUUCAACCUUAGAAGCAAAAGUGAUUAUUUGAUAUAAACAAAAUUUUAAUUCACUGUGUUCUGAGACUAAAUAAAAGAUGGAGAAAUUUGCAAGAUAAGAAGACUCCAGAGACCUAAGUGGUAAAAUGGUGUUCAUUCAAAGGAAGGAACACCAGUGAGAAUUAUCAGAAAUUAAGCUUUGUUUCUUUCUCAGAAGAUGUGCUUCCAGCCUGUGGGCUGUAGCUUCCUGACUAGAGCAUCCACGUUGCAUGUGUGAGUCCUGAACUCCGUCCCCAACGGCCACUGCCCCUCACCCAACAACGACAGAAACGACUUUCAAUAAAAGCCCAUGGUCCUUUCUGAACAUGGAAGGGAGGUGUCUUAUUUUCUAAUACACACAUCUCAGGUGUUUUUAUGGCUGUUUUACUAAAGUUCACAUGGAAAUGUCAUGCCCAAAGUUGGAAUUGAUACUUCAUUUAGUCAGCAAUCAUAAGAGAAGUACUAAUAUUGUGCUAGCGGCAAAGGACUAUGAAACUUCAAAGAAAAUUUGUGGAAUCGGUUAUUUGCGCUGUGGGUUGAGAGUGGCAGUUUUAAUGCUUAUAAUUAAUAAUUCCUUAUUUAUCUUUAAACACUAAAUUCUUAAAUAAAAUGCAUCACUUGCUGUUUCUAGAA